CGCCUACGGCUUUCGGCUCCGGUCCUGCAAGGCUAGAGCAUGCAGGACGGUCAGCAAGUGCACGUUGUCGUCAUCAAGUUGACAGUCGUGCACUCGAAUUUGGGCCCCAUUGUCCCUUUUGAGGCUCGCCGUCGUGGGCGGGUUCAUGUGCAAACUUGGGUGGUGUAGAUGCUGAGCAUGGGAACUAGGUAGGAUCAAGCGGCGCAGUCGAAGCAGCACAGUUUUCUUGGUGGGCGCAUCGUAAAAUGCUACAGAAAGCAGUUUUGUGGACCAUUGCCGGCGCCCUUUUUGAGAUGUAAGGAGUAGCUCACUCGGUGUACAACGUAGCACGCCAUUGCGAAGCGUGAGGCACGACCGCUUGGCAAUCCAAACUUGGUGGAAGAGUUGGUAGAGCAACAGCAUGUCGUUGGCUAUCUUCUUCUACCAAGAGCUUGUGGUAUCACGAUGAGCGUUCCACAGAUCGGCGUCGGUGUCUUCGUCUUCCGUAGCAAGACCGACCCGCACUUUGUCAUAGGUGUUCGCAAGGGUAGCACAGGCGCUGGCACGUAUGCUCUUCCGGGCGGCCAUCUGGAAUACGGCGAGUCGUUCGAGAAGUGCGCCGUACGAGAAGUGAUGGAAGAAACUGGUCUUGCCAUCUGUGACGUUAGGUUUCUCACAGCUACCAAUAGCGUAUUUGCAGAUGUCGGCAAACACUACGUUACGAUCUUCAUGGUCGCCGUAGCCGCCGAAGUAAACGGCGUUGUGCCGCAGCCCCGGCUGCUCGAACCAGACAAAUGCGAAGGCUGGGGUUGGUGCACAUUACCGCAAAUGCGCGACAUGGACAAUGCUGCAUGUCAGCUCUUCCAGCCAUUGCUCAGCUUGAUGGAACAGCGUCCCGACUCAUGUGAGCUGCUUGAGCACCGCAGUACUCCCUAAAAGGUCACAGACACAAUCCAAGACGGCAACAGCUUGACCAGCCUGUGGCGUUGGAAAUGUUAAGGCGCUUACUGAAAACCAUUGGCUCGCCCCAGCGACAACAUCGU